UGGGAUCUGCCUAUAAGAACUCAUUGCAGGCCUCAUCACUUUCUUCUAAAUUUUCUCCUCAGUUGCCAAUUUAUGUUGGGUGGGUUCUGUGCAUCUCUCUAUUGGGUAUUUGUUGCCGUGAAAUCUGGUUUGAUUGGUGAUCUAUAGCGCCUCUUGUCGCUUCAUCUAUUUUAGGAUAGAUUGCAUCAUUGAGGCUCCUUUGCGGAAUCCUCUGCGUUCAAAAACUGCAUUUUUGGACACCCAUUGAAAGAUUAUAUAUACUUGCAUUGAUAGUUGCAGGAGCAUAAGAUUUUUGUUUGUAUAAUGGCGCCGCCCACAGGGAAAAGUAAGCAUUUUGUGGAGUGGGAAGAAGAGUAUGUGUCUAAUGACCGUGGUAGCAGAGUUGUGCACUAUUAUCUCAAGGACCGCCAUGGAAAUAAAAGACUUGCAGUUGUUGGAACGGAGAAGAGUUUGAGACACAUGGUGUAUGUGGUGUCAAAUGAGUUUUUGUAUCUCUUAGGCAAUAGCAAAUCCAUGUCUUCUUCCUCAAGCACAACCUCUUCUUCUUCUUCUUCUGGUUCAAUGAAGUGGAGAUCCAGAAGAGAGGUGGUGGAUUGGUUGUGUUCUCUGCUGUCAAGGCCUCGUUCUGCCGCAUCAUCUGGAGACCACAGCACAAAAUGGCCAAGGCACAACGCAUCUCCAAUGUCAGAUACAGAUGUAUCAAAUGAUGAUGAAAUGGCUGAACAUACUAACCAUACCCAUAAAUCUAAGGGCCAUAAGAAAAGAAAGUCAAGAACCUGUAAGGAAGUUUUUUGGAUAGGUGCCCCAUGGACUUGUAGAAAGCACUUGACACAUUACCAGUCUUUCUGCUGCAAUGGAAUCACUAUCUCAGUCCAUGAUUUUGUAUAUAUCAUGACAGAAGGAAAGGAGCGUCAUAUUGCCUAUUUAAAAGAUAUAUUUGAAGAUACAAAGGCAAGGAAGUUGGUUCGGGUUCAGUGGUUUUGUAGAACCAAUGAAGUUCUUGAAAAUAUACCUCCUCCUGCAGAACAUAAUGAAAGGGAGCUUUUUUUUGCUUCAUCUUGUCAGAAUUUUAAUGCAGAAUGUGUUGAUGGUCUGGCAUCUGUAUUGCUACCAGAGCACUAUCAGGAGUGCUUAUCGAAACUACCGGUGGAGAUGACAAAUCAACUUCAUAUGUGCUAUAGACAAUUUGACAAUGAUGUAAUCAAGCCCUUUGACAUAAGUCAAUUGGAAGGCUACUGGCACCAAAAGGUUUUUGCUUCCAUUGAUCUGCCCAUCUUUCGAUCUUCUCCAAAGUACGACCUCACAAGCGAUGGCUUGGAUGUAGAUGAUGAUCAGGAAAAUGUGCAGAAUAAGGUCUUAAGGAAGGGUCCAAGAAAGUGUAGGAGCUCUAGACGACAUAAUGUUGUCCAUAGCCAUGAUCCUCAAGUUGGCAGAGAAACGUCUCCAGCUGUUUCAGAUGGCUUAUGCAGAUUGCUUGCCUGUUCUGAAGCUGUUAGAGAUCUGAGUGAUUGUGCACCAGAUAGUGAACAGCCAAUAAAAUGCACGAGUGAAAAGAAAGAAGCAAAUAUGCAUGGACAAACAUUAGUGAGUUUUGAUAUUGAUGACAGGUUGGAGUUGCUUUCCCAAGACAGCGGUAUCAGAGGUUGUUGGUUUAGGUGCAAGGUUAUAGGUAAACAGUCGCAUCGUCUCAAAGUUUGGUAUGAGGAUGUUCUGAAUGAAGAUGAAAGCGGCAAUCUAGAGGAGUGGGUUCUGGCUUCCAAAGUAGCAAGCCCAGACAAGUUAAGGAUUCGUAUUCCUGGACGUCCAGCCAUACGACCCUUCCCUUCUGAAAAUAGAAUUUCCAGCAACAUUGCAGUUGGCACUGCAGUAGAUGCAUGGUGGAAUGAUGGAUGGUGGGAAGGAGUGGUGAUCAAGAUCAGCGAACCAUUGAUUGCAGUGCACGUGUAUUUUCCUGGUGAGAAUGAAACAUCUGUUUUUCAAUUAAAGGAUUUGCGAAUUUCCAGAGAUUGGGUAAAUAAUUGCUGGACUGAGUUGAAAGAGACACUAAAUGUAGCAGCUACUCUAGUCUCUCUUCACACCGAGGGUAAGUUCUUACAGUCAGAAAUUCUACCCAGCAGAUGUAUAACAUCUCUUGCCGAAGACAAGUUGGGAAUACUAGCAGGUUGUGUUGGUCAUACAGAUACUAAAUCAUCAUCAGUUCCUUCAGUUGCAGUAAGGGAAUUUAGUGAGCCAGAGGAUGUUGAAAUUUAUAAUAUUGAUAAGAUAAGUUUGGAAAUUAAAGAAGAGAUUGGAGUGGAUUUGGAGAAGAAUGAAAAGGAAAAGCCUAUGCACAAUCUUGCAAAUGCUGGUGGUGGAUUGCUUGGAGAUUUGAGGUGGAAGUCCUCAAAAAAGCGCAGCAGGGAUGCUACUUUUUCAUCAAGAGGUAAUUCGUCCAGUGCAAAGCAGACAAAGGGGGCAAGAAAUAAGUUGAUUGAUUCUGUGAGAUUAAAUACUGAAGAGGACUCAUUGUUGGCUAGCAACAAGAAGGAUCAGAUCAGGAGACAUAAAAAUAGCGAAGAUCUUGCACCAGGCAAAAGGCUGAGGCAAGGACAUGAAAGCCUGAAGCCUAUUCAUGGAUAUCCAAUUGGAAGACCCCUCUUCACCGCUUCCAUGCCUUUAUCUAACCUUGUCAUGUCAAGAUAAUGAAUAUUUUGGCUGCACAUGUGAUCUGGAAAAGCAUUGUACAAGUCACUCCUAUCAGUGAUGAAUUUGAGCUUCAACUAGAAAUGUGUUGUGUGACAAAGUUUUGUUAACAGUUUUUAAAACAGAUGCAAUCGAUUUAGGGGAAGUGGCCGAUGUUCGUGGAAGCUGAUUUGGUAGAUGAAUGAGACGUGACCAAGAACUCCUGCUUGAGAAGGUCUUGAUGCUUUGUUCGACUUCUGUAAAACAUGGCGAGGAUUUUGUACCACGCACACAAUCAAUCAGAACUGUGAAUAGACCUGAUUAGAAACCUCAAGUCAUAAUCAAAAAUUCUUUUCUCUGUAUCAGUUUUUUAAUGUACAAUUCUGUAACAUAUAUACCGUCAAUGUUGAGCUGUUGACAAGAAAUGAUAGCCCUUUGACAAAGGGAAUGAAAGCUAAUUAACACUGUGGAUUUGGUCAAAUUCAGAAAGGGGAGAUUUUUUUUCUCUUAUUUCCUUCAUUUGUAUUCAAUCCCUUACUAAUGUAAGAUCAGUACAUUCAAUCAUGGGCACAUUUCAAAUGCCCAUUGUUAGUUAA